GCUUUGUUUUAUCGUUCUCAGCCUUUCCUUAUUCACCAAAAAAGAAAAGCACUUUCAUACGACCAAAAGAUUAUCUUCAUCACUUAACAUCAACAUGACCAUGCCAAACUACAUCCCUGACUAUCAAUCAGAUGUUUAUCACCUCUCUCAUCAAUUUUGGUCCAUCAUUAACCCUGAAAAGGAGUACACUUGGCUUCAGAUUGAGCCACCUUCUCUGUUUAUCAAUGACCAUGUGUCUGACGUUGAAAGCUACAUUGAAAAGAUUCAAACCUACUAUCACGCCAAAUCGCUCAACAUCCAGUACAGUCCUAAAUUACCUCCUUCUCUCUUCCGACUCUUCCUUCACUCUAUCCUUCAGCAUCUGGUCGUGUUCUUACUAGGCAUUAAUGUUCCCAUGCUAAUUCUCUGGCUGUGUUUGAUUGGUAUCAUCACAUGGAUGACGCCCAAAUGGCGCGACCAGUGGCUUCUACCGCUGCUUGUCCGUGCUUUCAACAAAUCAGUUCUUGCUAUUCUUACCUUUAUUUGGUCCAUUCAUGAUCUUUACAAAGUUCACAUCAAGGGCAUAAACACCAAACACGAAUAUGAUGCUAACGGUCUCCACCGAGGAGCCAUCACGGCGCAGGUCAUCUUUAACCAGGAGAGAGCACAUAUCAAGGACGUACACGUGCGAACCCUGACCCACCAACAUGUCGCAGAUAUUCAGCAACUGAACGCCAAUGCCAAAGGUAGUCUCGUAUCUUGUGGUCAUGACGGCCGACUUGUUCUCUGGGACACUGAAAAGGCCAAAUGGAUGGCUCGACUCGACAAAUUGUAUUCUCGCUCUGGCAUCUUACAAGCAACACUAAAUCCAGACUACCGCAAACCAAUAAAGAGGAAACAUCAGCCGGUGAUAUUACCCAAGAACCAAAACUUGAAACCGAUCUGCACCAAGGUAGACCGCGGCAAUAAAUGGGUCGCUGCUGGAUAUGAUGAUCAUACGAUCCGUGUUUGGAAUCUACACACAGGUGUUGUCGUACGUGAGAUGGAUAUAGUACAUCAUGCCCAAGUUGUCCUUGACGAGCCAACGCUACGUAACCGAUUUAGUUCGACACGCCGUGAGCCAAAUGGGCAUAACAAUAAGCAUCGCAAUGGGGAUCGCAUUCUUGAUAUUCAAUUUAUUGGUGCCAUUACAGAGUACUGUCAUCCGCUAAUUGCCGAAGCUGCUGCUCGUGCACGACCAGAGGCGAACAUGUGUCAAAACUAUUUGUUAUCGGUACAUAAGAGCGGCUUAAUCCGAGAGUGGAACAUUGUAUCGGGAGAGUGCAUCCAAACUGUCAAGACAGGUCACACAAAAGACAUCACACUGCUUCAUGUUGUCGACGCCAAGGCCCAUCAUCGUAAGCUGGGUGUUACCUGGGUCUUUACGGGCUCAAAAGACGGAACGAUCAAAUGCUGGGAACGCCAACUACAGGAGACAAGCCAAUGGACACUGCUGUAUACCGUUGAACAUUCCAGUCCAAUCACCGCAAUGGCUACUGAGAACCCUUUAGGCGGCAUGGGCAUCCUUGUCUCUGGAUCAUUGGAUGGUACCCUAAAGGUGUGGAAUUUCGAAACAGGUGAACCCGUAUGCACCCUGUCUGACGGAAAAGCAGAGCCAGCGAAAAAUAAGGACGUAAUCGGGGGCCCCAUUCGCCAUUUUUCCAACUUCAACGAUCUCUUGACGGAUUCGAUAUCAGACACUGAAAGCACUACGAGUCAUCAAAGUUCUGCAACAGAUCGACAUCAUCACCGAGGUUCUAUUCAACAAAUUGCCAUCACACGAUCCUGUGAAGUAGGUCCAUGCCGUGACUGUGACAGCUGUUUUGGCAGUGGGUUCUUCAUUGCGUCCAGUGCGCUGGAUAAUAAAGUCCAUGCAUGGCGACUGGCACGUCUCGAAGGCUCUGAAGGUUCUUGCACGCUGUCUACUCGGGACUAUUUUCGUAAGCAGUACAAGCACCGCAAGAUAGAGGAUAGCGGCGAUUUCACGACGAGACGACGACGAUCGCCUUCUCAGACUAAGAAGACGAUCAAUAGACAUACCCAUGCAAUAAAGACGACACCAACAAAUAAUAUAGACUUGUUAGAUAUUGAACAAUUAGGAGGUGAUGCUCAUGUAUCUCUGUUUCCUACGUUUUUGGGCAAGAUUGAUCAGCCUGCAGGUCGUGGUCUCGUAUUCUGUAACAAGGUUCUGGCGGGUGUUCGAAGACGACGAGGACAGAAGCUUGAGUGGGAAGCCUGGUUUGCUGCGCUUGAAUAUUAUGACCCAGAAGAGGGUGAAGAGAUCAUGAAGAUUCCUGUUGAAACGUUUAGUUUAGAUCAGGAAGACCGUUUGCCUGUAAAAGAGGGUAUAUCUACCUCAUUCUUUGGUUUGUUCAGAUCGUCCAACAAUACUGCUACUGCUGCUGGUUCAGUAGUUGAUCCACCUUUGAAAUACAAGCGUAUUUGUAGCUCAGACGAAGACGACGCUGCAGAUCGUGAUGAAGAUGAGGCUGGUGAAAAUCUACCAUUCUCUACGAUUCGCCAUGUGAUACCUAUGGACGGAAGAGGAUUUGCUUGUGACUAUGGUAACUUUAUCAAGCUAGUGUAUGUUGAUAACAAACCCAGUCUAUCAGAAAAAGAAGUGAUAAAGCCAAGCAGCAUUUUAGAGGAAAGUGGACAGGAUGAAGAAAUAACCAAAGAUGGUGAAUGCUCAUCAGCGACACGAGGCAAAGAUGGAUGUUGUGGAGGGGUGAACAAGAAGAAGAAUGGCGGGCUAUGUUGUCGAGAGAAGCGAAGGAUAUCACCACCUGUGAGAAAUAAUGUGUGCGGAAUCAAGAAUGCAGCAGAGUGCUCACAAAGGCAUAACUGUUCUCGUUCUUUUGACUGUGCGCAACAACAACAUCGACAACUUCUACAAUAACCAUUAUAUAAAUUCUAAUUUAUUAGACUUAACAGCAUACCCAAACUCAUUUUUAACAUUGCUAUAACUAUCAUCUUUAUUGUAAACAAUACCUUCUUUUAAAUAAAAAGGAAAAAGAAAAAGAGAAAAGAUCAUCUCUAUGAGAAAUAUUGCUAUUAAAAAAAUCAUCCCACUUUUUAAAUGUCCCUCUUCUGCGCAAAAGGCAAGCGCUUCUAUUAAAAAACAAGGGAGAAAGGGGGAAGGGGGCAGCACUUUGAUUUGAAAAGCAUAAAGAAGAGGAUUCUUAAAUAUUAUAUAAAUUCAG